AUGAACGGGGGAAGGGAAGAUCUCCGCGUGGACGGCCGUGGCUGUGAGGACUACCGUUGUGUGGAGGUGGAAACGGAUGUGGUGUCCAACACCAGCGGGUCUGCCAGGAUCAAGCUGGGCCACACAGACAUCCUGGUGGGAGUGAAAGCAGAAAUGGGGACACCGAAGCUGGAGAGACCGGAUGAAGGCUACCUGGAGUUCUUUGUUGACUGUUCAGCCAACGCCACCCCUGAAUUUGAAGGUCGAGGUGGGGACGACCUUGGCACGGAGAUUGCCAACACUCUCUACCGGACCUUUAACAAUAAGAGCAGCGUGGACCUGAAGGCGCUCUGCAUCAGCCCCCGGGAGCAUUGCUGGGUGCUUUACGUGGAUGUGCUGCUGCUAGAAUGCGGAGGAAACUUGUUUGAUGCCAUUUCUAUUGCUGUGAAGGCUGCUCUCUUCAACACAAGAAUACCAAGGGUUCAUGUCUUGAUGGAUGAAGAGGGUUCCAAGGACAUCGAACUGUCUGAUGACCCUUAUGACUGCAUCCGACUGGGCGUGGAGAACGUCCCCUGCAUCGUCACCCUGUGCAAGAUCGGCUGCCGGCACGUGGUGGAUGCCAGCCUACAGGAGGAAGCCUGCUCCCUGGCCAGCCUGCUGCUGUCCGUGACCAGCAAGGGAGCGGUGACGUGCAUGAGGAAAGUGGGGAAGGGCAGUCUGGACCCCGAGAGCAUCUUUGAGAUGAUGGAGACCGGCAAGCGUGUAGGCAAGGUACUGCACGCAGCUCUGCAGAGUAUUCUACACAAGGAAGAAAGUCUGGGACCCAAGAGGCAAAAAGUGGGGUUCCUCGGGUGACUGGCCUCUCGCCCCUUCAACCCUCGACUUCAUGGUUUACUCUCUUACUGAAACUGAAGUUUGUAUAUAUGUUUUUUUCUUCAUUGUUAUACCUGCAGACAACAUUUAUACAUGCAAAAUUAA